AUGCUUAUUUGGGAAAUCGCAGAGGAAAAGAUUCCAUAUUUAAACUAUAAUAAUCCUGUAGAAAUUCGAACCAUGAUUAAAAAUGGAGAACAUGAACCAUUUUCCGAAAAUGUGCCAGAAAAAUGGAAGGAGGCAUUCUAUAAAGCAACCUCUAAGGAUCCAAAGAAUCGUUCUAAGAUUUCUGAAAUAAUGGAAACCUUGUGUAAUACAAAACGACUUUUAAGCGAAUAUGAAUCCAGAGUGAUUAUUAAUUUUACAUCAUUUAAAUUUGAACUGUCACUAGAAGAUGCGAUUAAAGAGUAUAAUAAGAAAAAUGGUGACAUAAAAAAGGCCUGGGAGUGUUUUAGAGAGCAGGCAGAACUUGGUAUUUCUGAGGCCAAAUUCUGGGCAGGACUAUAUCUUGUUGAUGGAAGAAACGAAAUCAGUGCAGCAAAGUACUUUAAAGAAUGUGCAGAAGAAAUUAAUAAACCAGAAGCACAAUUGUAUUAUGGGUAUUGCCUUUGGAACGGGAAAGGAGUCGAAAAAAAUAUAAAACAAGCUAUUGAAUACUUUGAAAAAGCUUCAACUCAGGGAAAUCCAAUCGCAAUGUUCAAUUAUGGUGGAUGUUUGUAUCAUGGUAUAGGUAUCAAAAAAAAUGAACACGAAGGAAUGCUUCUUAUUAAGCAAGCUAGUAAACAAGUUGAAUUAGA